CAGGCGCUUAUAAAACUUUAAAAUGACAUUUACACCCGUCUAACGGAGCCUGAGGAGCGGAGAUGUGGACUUUUCUUGUAGAUCCGAGAUUCAUAGUCAGCUUGUUGGAGCUGAUGUCACUGGUUCUGCUGGGUGGGUUUGUAAAUGUUCUGAAACAGAAGACAGAGCCUGCAGAGGCUUUUAAUGUUGCUGGAGUCAGCACUGAGGCUUCAUCCACCAGGUGUACUCUGCUGGGUACGCCUCGUUCACCUGCGUUCUCAAAAGAUGGGGACUUUAUCAUCGGAGGGGUUUCCUCUAUUCAUUACCAGCUUUACACAGUGAUUUAUAAUUACACCACCAAGCCCGAGCCUCCGAGAUGCACAGGGAGCUUCAAUGCCCGGGGGCUGCGCUUCUUCCGCACAAUGAUCUUUGCAAUUGAGGAGAUAAACAACAGCACAGAGCUGCUGCCGGGCAUCAAACUUGGAUAUCAGAUCUAUGAUUCCUGCGUCUCGGUGCCUAUUUCAGUGCACAUUGCUUUUCAAAUGGCAAACGGUCAGGACCCUGUUAUUUACAAAGGAGAUAAUUGUUCUCAGUCUGGAAAGUUGGUGGCUGCUGUAGGAGACUCUGGAUCCACUCCAUCUAUCAGCAUGUCACGCAUCAUGGGGCCCUUCAACAUUCCUCUCGUGAGCCACUUUGCCACUUGUGCCUGCCUGUCGGACAAACAACAGUUCCCUACUUUUUUCAGAACGAUUCCCAGUGACCAUUACCAAGCCGCUGCGCUGGCCAAACUGGUGAAACACUUUGGUUGGACUUGGAUAGGAGCCGUCCAUUCAGACUCAGAUUAUGGAAAUAAUGGCAUGGCCUCUUUUCUAGAAGCUGCACUCAGAGAGGGGAUCUGUGUGGAGUACAUUGAAUCUUUUUAUAGAAGCAACCCACAAAGUAAGAUCCAAAGAGUUGCAGAUGUUAUCCGCAGUUCAACAGCAGUGGUUGUUGUAGCGUUUACAGCUAUUGGAGAAAUGAAAGUCUUGCUGGAGGAACUGACCCGGGAUCCUCCUCCACCUCGUCAGUGGAUCGCGAGCGAAGCCUGGAUAACUGACUCAAACCUGAUGAGAUUCAGUUUCUGUGCGGGAGCCAUCGGUGUUGCUAUUCAGAAAUCUGUCAUCCCAGGUCUGAGAGAUUUCCUCCUGGAUCUCUCUCCCUCUAAGGUGGCUGCUUCCUCAAUGCUGACUGAGUUCUGGGAGGAUGCAUUCAACUGCAGCUUGACAGAAACUACUGAUCCAAACAAGAGAGUGUGUGAUGGAACAGAAGAUCUAAAAACCCUAAAAAGCCCGUACACUGAAACGUCUCAGUUAAGAGUUUCUAACAUGAUGUACAAGGCUGUUUAUGCAAUAGGGCAUGCUAUUCACAAUGCAGUGUGUGAAGAAAAAAAUGCAACUGUUCAAUGUGACAAACACAUUGGACUGGAGCCCAAACAGGUUUUUACUGAAUUACAAAAAGUAAACUUCUCUAAGAAUGGCUAUCAUGUCUCAUUUGAUGCAAAUGGAGAUCCUGUUGCUUUUUAUGAGCUGGUGAACUGGCAGAAAAGUGAGAGUGGAGUUAUUGAACUGGUAACAGUGGGAUAUUAUGAUGCAUCACUGCCAAAGGGCCAGGAGUUUCAUAUCAACAGGAACAUAACCUGGGUGGAAGGUGGGACACAAGUUCCAGUGUCAGUUUGCUCAGAGAGUUGUCCUCCAGGAACUCGUAAAGUGUUGCAGAAAGGAAAACCAAUCUGCUGCUAUGACUGUAUACCAUGUCCUGAAGGAGAGAUCAGUAAUAUGACAGAUUCUCCUGACUGUUUCCCAUGUCCUAAAGAGUUCUGGCCAAAUUCAAACAGAGAUGCUUGUUUCCACAAACCUGUGGAAUUUCUUUCCUUCGAUGAAGUCCUGUCAAUCAUCCUGGCUACACUCUCCAUCAGUGGAGCCUGUCUGGCCAUCAUUACAGCAGUGAUUUUCUUUCAUCACAGAACAACUCCAAUUGUCAGAGCCAACAACUCUGAGCUGAGCUUCCUGCUGCUCUUCUCUCUGACUCUGUGUUUCUUAUGUUCAUUAACUUUCAUUGGAGCCCCCUCUGAGUGGUCCUGCAUGCUGCGGCACACAGCGUUUGGCAUCACAUUUGUUCUCUGUAUCUCCUGUGUUCUUGGGAAAACUAUAGUGGUUCUAAUGGCCUUUAAAGCUACACUUCCUGGUAACAAUGUUAUGAAAUGGUUUGGUCCAACACAGCAAAGAAUGACGGUAGUGGCUCUCACAUUUAUUCAGGUUAUAAUAUGUAUCAUUUGGUUGGUUGUGAGUCCUCCCUUCCCAGUGAAAAAUCUGACCACCUACAAGGAGAAGAUCAUCCUGGAAUGUGCGUUAGGCUCUGCUGUUGGUUUCUGGGCUGUGCUCGGCUACAUCGGCCUGCUGGCUGUGUUUUGCUUUGUGUUAGCUGUUCUAGCUCGGAAACUACCUGAUAAUUUCAACGAAGCCAAGAUGAUAACCUUCAGCAUGUUGAUAUUCUGUGCAGUCUGGAUCACCUUCAUCCCAGCUUAUGUCAGCUCUCCUGGAAAAUUUACUGUGGCUGUGGAGAUAUUUGCUAUUCUGGCCUCCAGUUUUGCACUGAUACUGUGUAUAUUUGCUCCAAAGUGUUUCAUUAUUUUGUUUCAGCCAGAAAAAAACACCAAGAAAUAUUUAAUGAACAAACACUGACGUUAUCUUAUUAGAAGAAUGGUCUCUAAAUCACAAAAUAUGUAGAUUUUUGAAGUGUUAUUUUUGAAACAUUUAUUACAACUUAUAAAUGUGAUGUGAUUUGACUCUGACAAAACAUAACCUGACUUGAAUUUCAAAACACUUUUAUGCCUUUUUUCAGGUUAGAUUCUCUAGCCUCUACAUCCCAUUACUCAUCUCAAUUGCAGAAUUGUCAUUUACACAAAAAUGGAGUUCUUAUUUCUUUGAAGUAAGAACAAUUUGACAUACCCUUCGUUCCACUUGACAUUUUUUCUAUCAUAAAUCAGCCAUUUGAGAUAAGGAUAAGCACAGGUAAAGGAAAUUUACCAAAUCAACCAAAGUAAACCAAAUCAAGUUAUUUAAAGUCUUGGUUUGUAGGCUAGUUCUUUCUGUCUUUUUCCACAACAUUCUCAUUGAGGACAUCAUCCGUUGCUCAUAAUAACCAAAUAUUACCCUAAGAAAAUGAUUAUCAAUGGUAAUGUUGAGCGGCAUGGAGAAAAAAAAUUGGCAUAAAUAAUAAAUAAAAACUGGACUAAGUAUAUGAAAACCGUAAUAUUUUAAUAACAGCAUCUUCAUGAUAAAAUAAGUCUUCAUUGUUAUUGUGUCAACAUAUAACGUGUAGAACAAUGAAACUGGUCAUUAAGAAUUCAUAGUAAUAAACCGUAAAUGAUGAAUGAUAA